AUGCGAUCGCGAUGUCGCCAUCAUCUGGUCGAUGCGCUGGAAAGGACACAGCAAACCUCCCUCCUCCGCAUCCGCCCACAAACUCCCCGAUGGCAAAGACGACCAGCCAGUUCGGCAGUCGCAGCAAACAGCCCAGCAAACAGCCCAGAAGGAGCUGAUAUAUCGCCAGCGCGCGGCGUCACGGUCUCAUGUUCUCCUCGCCACAACCCACUGGGAGUGCAGCAGGUCUCCUCCCACAUCCACCCCCAGCUCUUCCCCUCCUCCACCACCUCAGGCCCCACGCCUGAUCUCAUCGACCUCUCCCGACAACACCUCGCUCGACAUGACUUGCUGGGCAAGACGAGUGACAACACCGGUCCUAUCGGCUUCGACCUUCCUGCUCUCCAUGGCGCCUCUCUAGACGAGCACUUCUACCGCUUGGGCAUGGACAGCGCCGAGCCAUAUCUCCAUCUCUCCAAGAAGUAUGCCCGAGCCUCGCCUCCCGAAAAGCCGAGAAGAUGGGUUGCACAAAGUGGCUGGACAAAGUACCAUUUGGACGGCAGUUGGGAAGCGGUGGAAGUGCCGAAUGAGCAUGUCUUGACAUUCGACACCGAGGUCAUGUGGAAGGAGUCCAGCUAUCCCGUCAUGGCCUGCGCCGUCUCAGCUACCCACUGGUAUGCCUGGCUAUCACCCUGGCUUCUCGGCGAGAGCGAAAUUGACAGACACCUCAUCCCUCUCGGCUCCCCAACCGAGCCACGGAUUAUAGUCGGCCACAACAUCGGCUACGACCGUGCGCGAAUCAGCGAGGAAUACUCAUUACAACAGUCCAAAAACUUCUUCAUGGACACCAUGAGUCUACACGUCGCCGCCAACGGGAUGUGCAGCCAGCAGAGGCCGACGUGGAUGAAGCACCGAAAAGCCCGGGAGGUCCAGGACCAGAUCGCCGCAUCAGACGAUACCGCCGAGCUCUCUGCACUCCUCGAUGCGAAGGGCCAGCUGGAUGAAGAAGCUGAUCUUUGGGUGGGCAGAUCCAGUGUCAACAGCUUGCGCGACGUGGCCAAAUUCCACUGCGGCAUCACCAUCGACAAAGCCAGACGGGAAUGGUUUGGUGAAUUGGACCGUGAAGGCAUUGUUGCGCGCCUCGAUGAGCUCCUCGACUAUUGUGCUGCUGACGUGGAGAUCACCCACAAGGUCUAUAAAAAAGUCUUCCCGCUGUUCUUGGAGAAAUGCCCGCAUCCAGUCUCUUUUGCUGCGCUUCGCCACCUUUCGGCCGAAAUCCUGCCGGUCAAUCGAAGCUGGGAUGACUACAUUGCGAAUGCCGAGGCCACCUAUCGGACCCUAUCUGCUCGUGUUGAACAGCGUCUCGUGGAAUUGGCGGAGAAGGCCUUGGAACAUCGCUCGUCACCCGCUGUGUUCGAGAGGGAUCCAUGGCUUAGGCAACUCGAUUGGGGAGGGCAGGAGAUCCGCAUGACGAAGGCGAAGAAAAAGGGCGAGGAGCCCCGACCUGCUGCCAGACAAAAGAAACCCGGCAUGCCCAAGUGGUAUCGAGAUCUGUUCGCUCGCAAUGACAGUGACAUCGCCCUGACGGUUCGCACGCGCAUUGCACCGCUCCUGUUGAGAUUGGCGUGGGAUGGCUAUCCUCUUGUCUGGUCGGACAAAUUCGGCUGGACGUUUCGCGUACCUUACGAAGCUGCCACCAAGUAUCGAAGCCAGGGCAUGACUGAUUGCGACAUGUUUGAAGAAGAAAUGCCGGCGCUGCGAAACGAUUUGGACCACACCUACUUCAAAAUCCCGCAUCGGGAUGGUCCGACCGCACGAUGCGUGUCCCCUUUGGCUAAGGGGUACUUGCAAUUCUUCGAGAAUGGCAUGCUGUCCUCCGAGUAUGCGUACGCAAAGGAAGCCCUGGAUAUGAACGCCAGCUGCAGUUAUUGGAUCUCCGCCAGGGACCGCAUUACGAGCCAGAUGGUGGUUUACGAGGAUGAACGCCUUGAUCGUGCCAAGACCGACCAAACAGACCUUGGAUACAUCCUUCCGCAAGUCAUCCCCAUGGGCACCAUCACCCGCCGAGCUGUUGAGAACACCUGGCUCACGGCCUCCAACGCAAAGGCAAAUCGAGUCGGGUCGGAGCUCAAAUCCAUGAUCACCGCCCCGCCCGGGUACUCUUUUGUCGGCGCGGACGUCGACAGCCAAGAGCUCUGGAUAGCAUCGCUGGUUGGUGACGCGGCGUUCAAACUCCACGGCGGCAACGCUAUCGGCUUCAUGACACUCGAAGGCACCAAGGCCUCUGGGACGGACUUGCAUUCGCGGACUGCGAAGAUUCUCGGCAUCUCAAGAAAUGACGCCAAGGUGUUCAACUACGGCCGCAUCUACGGUGCCGGCCUGAAAUUCGCCCAGUCCCUUUUGCGACGCUUCAACCCGAGUUUGAGAGAAGAAGAGGCGAACCGCAUUGCCGACAAUCUCUAUCUCGAGACCAAGGGCAAGAAGGAGCGUCGGAAAGUCAUCAGCGACCGCUCUUUCUGGCGUGGUGGAACCGAAAGCUUGGUGUUCAAUAAGCUGGAGGAGUUUGCCGACCAAGAACGCCCGCGCACGCCCGUCCUCGGGGCGGGGAUCACAGAGGCGCUCAUGAGGAGGUUCAUCAGCAAGGGCAGCUUCAUGACCUCCCGCAUCAACUGGGCCAUCCAAUCUUCCGGCGUGGACUACCUGCAUCUCCUCAUCGUCAGCAUGGAAUACCUCUCCCGACGCUACAACAUCGAUGCCCGCCUGGCGCUCACCGUGCACGACGAGAUUCGCUAUCUCGCCAAAGAAGAAGACAAGUACCGCUGCGCCAUGGCUUUGCAAAUCGCCAACGUCUGGACGCGCGCCAUGUUCAGCCAGCAGAUGGGCAUCGACGACCUCCCGCAGUCUUGCGCGUUCUUCAGCGCCGUCGACAUCGAUCAUGUCCUACGGAAAGAAGUAGACAUGGAUUGUGUGACGCCCAGCCAUCCCACGAAGAUUCCCCCAGGCGAAACGGUGGAUGUUUCCCAACUGCUCGCCAUGGGCGACAGAGCCGUCUUGGACCCCAGGGUAAAGGCGAAAGACAUGCCGGAUGUGGACCGCUUCUCCUACACGUACCGCCAGCCCGUGAUGGAAAGCCUGCACCUCCCCAACGCAAUGCACUACCUCCGCGCCCAAAUCGCCGCCGACACCACGGAGCUGAACAAGAUUGUCAAGGAAAUCAAGCCCGCCACAACCACCUCCUCAACUCCAGCUCGCAAAUCGUACUCUUUGAACGACGAUCCAGACUCGCCGACGCCCAAGAAGCGUGGCCGGAAACCUAAAGCGUCGCUUUCUUCUGCUGGCACUUCGUCCCCCUUCUCGCACUCGGGAGGGGUGCCUGUUGUGAGGAAGGCGUCUUCUUUUGCUGAUUACGGGCGCGACUAUGAUAGUGUCAAGGAGGCGAUGAAGGAUUGGCAUGCGCAUGCUUUUUCUUGGCCUGAGGAUGAGGGGCUGGUGGUUGAGAGUCGGAGGUGA